AUGAGCAGGAGCUACGUCCAGAGUUCUCUCUCUCACUAGGCUGUUACCAACGGAGAAGUCAUCGGCGAAAUCAUCCCGCAGUUUCACAUGCUUGAACAAGGCACCAAAGAAUAGUUUAAUCAUGGACUCGGUAUUUGCGUUAUUGUUUCUUUGUGUAACGGUAACAUAUGUAAUCUGCAGCCCUGGACCGUUAGAAGACGUGGUUAUUGAUCGGUAUGACGUUCCAAGAGUUUGUCCCAGGGAAGUGCAAACGGGAGAUUUUGUCCGGUAUCAUUACAACGGUACCUUCACCGACGGAAAGAAGUUUGAUUCGAGUCAUGAACGUGGAGCACCCUUCAGUGGUCAGGUCGGACUGGGCCGUCUCAUCACUGGUCUGGACAGGGGUGUCCAAGGAAUGUGCGUCAAUGAGCGCAGAAAGGUUACAGUCCCCCCACACCUUGCCUAUGGCAGCGUAGGAGCAGGUGAUGUUAUCCCUCCUGACACCGUGUUGGUGUUUGACGUGGUUCUGCUUGACAUCUGGAACUCCGAAGACAAGGUCCAGACCCGCACUCUUAGCAAGCCCGAGACCUGCAAGCGUUUUGUCGAAGCCACCGACUUUGUCCGCUAUCACUACAACGGCACGCUGCUGAACGGCGUGCCGUUCGACUCCAGCCACUCUAGGAACGGCACCUAUGACACCUACGUGGGCAUGGGUUACCUCAUAAAGGGAAUGGACGAGGGCCUGAUAGGCAUGUGUGUGGGAGAGACACGCACCAUCAUUAUUCCACCCUUCCUGGCCUAUGAGGAGAAGGGAUAUGGCACUGUGAUCCCCUCUCAAGCCACUCUGGUGUUUGAGGUCUUACUGGUUGACCUGUUCAAUCCCAAGGAUGACAUUGUUGUGGAUGUCAAGGAGGUGCCUGAGACCUGCACCCGUAAGACAGUGGUGGGGGACUACAUCCGAUACCACUACAACGGCACCUUCCAGGACGGCUCCAUCUUCGACACCAGCUACCAGCGCAACAGCACAUACAACACCUACAUCGGCAUGGGCUACGUUAUCGCGGGGAUGGACAAGGCCCUGCAGGGCGUUUGUAUCGGGGAGAAGAGACGGGUCGUCCUCCCUCCUCACAUGGCUUACGGGGAAAAGGGAACCGGAGGGAUCAUCCCUGGCUCCGCCGUGCUGGUCUUUGACAUCCAAGUCAUCGACUUCCACAACCCCAAGGACCCUAUUGAGGUCCAGGUGACCCACAAGCCGAAGGAGUGCAACCUGACCAGCGAGGUGGACGACCUGAUCCAGUACCGCUACAACUGCUCACUCAUGGACGGCACCCUGCUCUACUCCUCUGACCACUAUGAGAAAGCCCCCAUCACCACUCUUGGAGCCAAUAAAGUGAUUGAGGGGCUGGACGAGGGCCUGAGGGGCAUGUGUGUGGGAGAGAGGAGGGUGGUCAUCGUCCCGCCCCACCUCGGACACGGCGAAAACGGCGCCAAGGGCGUUCCCAGCAGUGCCGUGCUGCACUUCGAGCUGGAGCUGUUGGACCUGCAGAAGGGAGUUCCCGAUGGCUACAUGUUUGUGUGGCUGGGAGACAGCCCAGAGCCCCUGUUCCCUGCAAUGGACCUCAACAAAGAUCUAGCCGUGCCUCUGGAAGAAUUCACAGCCUUCAUUCACCUCCAGGUGGCAGAGGGCACUGGUCGGUUGAGGCCCGGUAUGGAUGCUGAUGGCAUCAUCAAGGACAUGUUUAAUAACCAAGACCGCAACAGGGAUGGCAAGAUAGUGCCUGAGGAGCUCAAGCUGAAGGUGGAGGAGGACUUUGAUAAGGCCAGGCACGAGGAGCUGUGAGGGGUCAGGGCGGGACCCGGGAGAAGGACAGGCAUCUAUGCAAUCAGGGGUUUUUCCAACUAGCUCCUAUAAAUUGGUUUCAUUAUGUAGAAAAUAAGCAUACUUAUUUAAAGACAGAACUAGGUCUACCUUGUUGUAAAUUGCCUUUUUUUUGUUUUAAGAAAAUGUGAUCUGAUUUCUUUUUUUUU